CCUCGCGCUCUCCUUUGCUGAAUCUUAUUGAUCCAGAAGGUGGCUAAUUAGCCCUUCCCGUCGUGCCUGUGUAAUGAAGCACAUGCGCACUGAAUUAAUCACAGCCAUUUUUUUUGCAGGAAACUAAUUAGCAGGAAUAAAGAUCCAAAGAGUUUUUUUUUUCCUUUUCAAUCAUCAGAUCUCACUUUCACCUCUUCCUCUCUCCCUCUAACACGAGACUCAUCGCCCGCUUUGCAUCCAAAUUAUUUUUAUAUUGCCUUUACAACUAAUACUUCGGCUUUUUCUCUCCUUCUCCACUCGCCGCAACAACAAUGAUCUUUCUUUUAGCAUCCUAAACGCAAACUGACCAAAAGGGACUUGCCUUGAUGGGAUCUUUAGCCAAAACGUCUCAAUACUGGAUUAAAAAGCAAAGCGAAGGAUCUCAAAGCGGCAGCAAAAACAUUGCCUGGAUGCGAUGAAAGCCUCAUGUAGGCAUCAGCAUGGAAAGCUGUGAGUCUCCCGUGGUUUCUGGGACAGACGAUGGGCUCAGCUCUUCAACCGCCUCCCAGCAGCCUCAACAGCAUCCUCCUCAACCCUGGAACGAUCGCCCUAGUGCACAGGUCACUCCCGGCAACCACCCCCCUUCCUUGGAUCCCCUGUCUCUCUCAGCUCAGCUUCAGAGCUCCAGCAGUACGUCUCGUGAGGUUGUGAGAGAACAGAGACAACAGCAGCAGCAAACACGGACCCCGUCUCGAGCUACCACUGACAGCUCCAACAGCAGCCAACUGCACCCCAGACGAGAGGGGUUGGAGGAGGAGCAGGAGGCAGGGAGCUGUGGAGAGGACGACGAAGACUUGGAGGACUUGGACGAUAUGGAGAUUGACAACUGUUUUCCAAGUUUGCAACCCUUCCCUGGCAUACCUAUAGCUCCAGUAGGAGGGGGCAUGCCCACUCUCAUGCGGCAGCAGCCCAUGCAGCGGAGGGAUGCUAUGGAAAGUGGGAGUGAUGAAGGAGAGGAAGAGGAGGAAGAAGAGAGCAGCGAUGUGGAAAACCUAGCUGGGGAAAUUGUCUACCAGCCUGAUGGCUCAGCUUACAUUGUGGAAAGCCUAAGCCAGUUGAUCCAAAGUGAUGGGGGCAUGACAUCUAGCUUGCAUCCCUCUAAUUUUCUCUCUGGUGGUGGUAAAACGGGGGAACCUGCCGGAUCCUCAUCAUCAGUUUAUCCUCAGAUCAUCAACACUUUCCACAUAGCCUCAUCUUUUGGAAAGUGGUUUGGCUCCACAGACCAAGGUUUCCCCAAUACCUCAACCACGGCAGGCCACAGUCCUGUACUGCACAGUUACCGCGUUUUUGAUGUGCGGCACAAAAGCAACAAGGAUUAUCUAAACAGUGACGGGUCUGCCAAGAAGUCUUGUGUAUCCAAAGAUGUUCCCAACAAUGUGGAUUUCUCUAAAUUUGAUGGGCUUGCUCUUUAUGGUAAAGGCAAGCCCAUCCUCAUGUGUUUUCUCUGCAAACUGUCCUUUGGUUAUGCUCGCUCCUUUGCCACUCACGCUGUCCAUGAUCAUCGCAUGACCUUGUGCGAGGAUGAGCGUAGGAUUUUGGGCCACAAGCAUGCGUCUGCCAUUAUACAGGGCAUUGGUAAAGACAAAGAGCCUCUAAUUAGCUUCCUGGAACCAAAAAACAAGAGCUCUCCUCCGCCACCCAACCUAGUGCCCAUGAACUCAGGCCAGAGCUUCUUUGGCACAUUCAGUGGAGUCCAUUUAGAGGCGGGGAGCAAUAGUGGAGGAGGUGAAGGACUCCUCAACAAAGACUCUGAUUCUGGUCUCCAGCAACAAGCCCUACUGACCCUGGGAGGCCUUGGAAGUCCCAAGCCACCAUCUCUUACCUCAACCCCAGGUCCUGCCAAAGACUCCAUUACCCUGCCCAAGGUUCAGGGAGGGAGAACAGAGGGGCCUGUGGGAAAAGAGGGGAUUCAGAGAGGGGCGGAUGGGGAUUUAGAUCCCUGUUUAAGCAAAACUCAUGGUGAGGAGAUGGCCUCUGAGGAAGAGGAUGAACUUCUUUUAGAAGAAGAGGAUGAUGACGUGGAAGACGAUGGCACUGCAGUGGCCUAUGGUGGCAGUAGCAGCAGUGGUGGUGGACAAGUCGGGGAACCAGCUGUCUCAAACCAAAGUAUUUCCAAAUCUCUUUUAUUAAUGCCUAGUAGCGCUCUUCAGCCUUCUGCCUGUCCCUCUGCAGCCAGCCCCACACUCAACAGCAAAGUCCCAGCUUCCAUGUGUAUUUCUUCUUCUGUCAGGGGAUCUGACGAGGGAAUGGCUGCAGAUGGUGGAGGGAGGUCAUCAGAGACCCCACUGAGCUUUAACUGCCAGGGGCCCACUGUCCCCAUGGCAAUGGCAGCAGCCACCAGAAGAGGAGGUGAGGAGGACAGAGCCGCAUGCUCUUUAGCAGGGACUUCCUCCCCUCUCACCUCCAACACUGCUGCUGAUGAAAGUGCCAAUCGUGAUAGUGCCACAGCUCCUGAACCAAAUGAAUGCCUAGCAGAAGGAGAUGAUGAAAGUGGUGCCCACCUGCACCACCUUCACCACCAUCAUCACCACCCACACUCUUCAUCACACUCUCACCCCAACUCCCAGCAUGCAGGAACCUGUGACAUUACUGGGGUAGGUGAGUGCACCCAGAACCAUGGGGCUGCAGCCAGUGGAGGAAAUGGGGUCGAGUGCCCUAAAUGUGACACUGUCCUGGGCUCAUCACGUUCCCUGGGUGGCCAUAUGACGAUGAUGCAUUCGCGCAACUCUUGCAAGACACUGAAAUGUCCCAAGUGCAACUGGCAUUACAAGUACCAGCAGACCCUGGAGGCACACAUGAAGGAGAAGCACCCAGACUCUGGGAACUCCUGUGUGUACUGCAGCAGUGGACAGAGUCAUCCACGUCUGGCUCGGGGAGAAAGCUACACCUGUGGCUACAAGCCCUUCCGUUGCGAGGUCUGCAAUUAUUCCACCACCACAAAGGGCAAUCUGAGCAUCCACAUGCAGUCGGAUAAGCACCUGAACAACAUGCAGACCCUGCAAAAUGGAGGUUCCAUACCUACAGCCAGUGAGCAGGUCUUUGGUCAUACACCUGGUGGUGUGGUGUCAGUUCCAUCAGCCACCCAGGCCAGCAGUCACCACCCAAGCCACCAUCACCAUCCAGCACAGUCGUCUACCCACAUAGCCGGGCCUUGCGGAGCUCCUUCACCCACCAAACCCAAGAGCAAACCCACUUGGCGAUGCGAGGUGUGUGACUACGAGACCAAUGUGGCCCGCAAUCUACGCAUCCACAUGACUAGUGAGAAGCACAUGCACAACAUGAUGCUACUUCAGCAAAAUGUCACCCAGAUGCAACAUGGCCGUCUGGGCCUAGGGGCCAUGCACACACCCUCUGAGGCAGAGCUUUACCAGUACUACCUUACCCAAAACAUGAGCCUGCCUCCAGGUCUGAAGAUGGAUCCUACUGGAGCCGAUGCCCAAUUCUUGCUAGGAGGAUUUCCCAUCGAUCCUAAUAUGGCUUCCUUGGCCCCAGCACUAGGAGGGGACAUUCCCAUGGACAUACGUCUGGGCGGUGGGCAGCUGGUGUCUGAAGAGCUGAUGACCCUUGGUGAAAGCCUGUCGCAGACCACUGAUCCAUCUCUGAAGCUCUUCCAAUGUGCCGUGUGCAACCGGUUCACCACUGACAACCUGGACAUGCUGGGCUUGCACAUGGGGGCAGAGCGAACGCUGCCUGAGGAUGAGUGGAAGGCCGUGGUGGGCGACUCGCACCAGUGCAAGCUGUGCCGCUACACCACACAGCUGAAGGCCAACUUCCAACUGCACUGCAAGACUGAUAAGCAUGUGCAGAAGUACCAGCUGGUAGCGCACAUUAAGGAGGGCGGCAAGGGUAAUGAGUGGCGCCUAAAAUGCGUGGCCAUUGGGAACCCGGUUCACCUCAAAUGCAAUGCCUGUGACUACUACACCAACAGCCUGGAGAAGUUGCGCAUGCACACUGUCAAUUCACGCCACGAGGCCAGCCUCAAGCUCUACAAGCACCUGCAGCAGCAUGAGAGCGCGGUGGAGGGUGAGGCCUGCUACUACCACUGCGUCUUGUGUAACUACUCCACCAAGGCCAAGCUCAACCUCAUCCAACACGUGCGAUCCAUGAAGCACCAGCGCAGCGAGAGCUUGCGGAAACUGCAACGCCUGCAGAAAGGAUUGCCAGAGGAGGAAGAGGACCUGAGCGCCAUCUUCACCAUCCGGAAGUGUCCCUCCGCCGAUAUCGGCGAGUUGAGUGAGGAUGUGGAGGCUGCCAGCGAGACCACCACAGACCAGGAGGACCAAACCAAAGACAGAGAGUGUGGGGGGGAGAAGGAGCUCACCAAAGAGACAGCUGCAGGAUCCAGCCUGUCAGAAAGGGAUCAGACAGAUUCACCGAUUCCCUCCAAACGGCCUCCUUCAGCAUCCGGGGCUUCAGAGAGCUCCUUCUCUUCCAAGCGUCCCCGGACGUCUGAGAAGAGCACCGGGGAGCAGAUGUACCAGUGUCCCUACUGUAAGUUCACCAACACCGAUCUGAACCGGCUAAGGAUGCACGUGAUGACCCAGCAUUCGGUGCAGCCCAUGCUGCGAUGCCCGCUGUGCCAGGACACGCUUAACAACAAGGUCCACCUGCAGUUCCACCUCACGCACCUCCACAGCGUGGCACCGGACUGCGUCGACAAGCUCAUAGCCACCGUGGCAACAUCAGAGGUACUGCCAGCAAGCAUGUUCAUACCAGUCCCGGGACCAGAGAAAGAUCCUCAGAACACACCGCAAUCCUUGUCUAACUCAACCUCUGAAAGCACAAAGAAACAAACAGAAGCUGCCGAGGUUGAAGCUGAUAAAGGAAUUAAUCUGGUCUUAGACGUAACUGAAUCUCGGAAGUCACCUCUUGAAGAGCAACAUACUACAAGAGACGACACUACUGGUUUCCUAUGCUGGAAAAAGGGCUGUAAUCAAGUGUUCAAAUCAUCCAACGCUCUCCAGAUACAUUUCAAUGAGGUCCAUAACAAAAGGCCACAACUCCCUGUCUCUGAUCGCCAUGUUUACAAGUACCGUUGCAACCAGUGCAGUUUGGCAUUUAAGACAAUUGAGAAAUUGCAGUUGCAUUCCCAGUACCAUGUCAUCAGAGCAGCCACCAUGUGUUGUCUCUGUCAGCGGAGCUUCAGGACGCUACAGGCCUUGAAAAAACACCUGGAGUCCAGUCACCUUGAACUGAGUGAAGCUGAUAUUCAGCAGCUCUAUGGAGGCCUACUAAUGAAUGGAGACCUCAUGGUUAUUGGUGACCCUUCACUUGGAGAGGACCAGGCAGGUCUCAUUGAAGAUGAGAAAGAAGGAGAGGACAGUGAUCCUGAGGAGAAACAGAGUCCAACUGGCAGUGACUCUGGAUCAUUACAAGAGGAUUCAGGAUCUGAGCCCAAACGAGCGCUGCCAUUUAGGAAAGGUCCUAAUUUCACAAUGGAGAAAUUUUUAGACCCUUCUCGUCCUUUCAAGUGUACAGUCUGCAAAGAGUCUUUUACCCAGAAGAAUAUUCUUCUGGUACAUUAUAAUUCUGUGUCACACUUGCAUAAGGUCAAACGGGCUCUGCAGGAAUCCACUACAGGUCAACCGGAAACAACCAGCAGUCCUGAUAAUAAGCCCUUUAAAUGCAGCACUUGCAACGUCGCAUACAGUCAGAGCUCUACACUGGAGAUUCAUAUGCGCUCUGUCCUGCACCAGACCAAAGCCAGGGCAGCCAAACUUGAAGCUGCAGGUGGAGGCUCCAGUUCUGUCAACAGUGGCGGUUUAAGUGGAGGCACCUCAAAUAGCACUUCAACUCCCAGCCCCAUCCCGUCAACUAACUCAACAACCAGCUCAAGUAACAACAGCUGCUCUCCAGCAGGGGUUCAGACAGCACAGAGCAUCCUGGGUGGGAACCAAAUGAGUCAGUCUCAGAAUCCUGAGUCCAUGUCUAACUCCACAUCUCAUCCGCCGCCUUCUGAAAACCACGAUGUGAAAAAAAAGAAAUUUGCAGACAUGCUGUCUUCAAGAGGUCACCAGCAGCUCCAACAGCAGCAGCAGUUAGCACAGGCUCAAGCUCAAGCCCAAGCCCAACUUCAGCAAGAGCUCCAACAGCAAGCUGCCCUCAUUCAGUCCCAGCUGUUCAAUCCACUACUCCAGCAUUUUCCAAUGACAGCAGAUGCGCUUUUGCCCCUUCAACAGCAACAGCUUCUGUUUCCUUUCUAUAUCCCUGGAGCAGAAUUCCAGCUGAAUCCAGAAAUUAACUUGAACAGUUCUUCCCUUAACCUAAGUAACUCUGCUGCCUCUUUGUUGGAGGAGCAAAAGAACCAGGCCCAGCAGGCACAACAGAGCUGCCUACAACAGCAACUGAUGCAUCAUCACCUUCAGCAACAGCACCAAGCCCAUUCCCACUCACAGGCAUCAAGCCAAAUGGCUUUACUACAGCAGAGUGCAUCUCUUUCACACCCUGUAGAGAAAAAACCAAAGUCGCUUGCUCCUCAUAGUGAGAAGGAAAGAGAUCUGCCAAAGGAUAAAGAAAUUAAUGAUAAAACAGAGGACCAUGCUCCAAAGGACAUCCCAGAAAAUUUUAAAUCCAAAGAAAAGAAAGAUAUACCACAGACUAUAGCUAAUUUGAAUCAGGACAAUGGAUGCCUUCCACCAAGGAUUGCAUCAGAUGCUCGUGGUAAUGCCACCAAAGUGCUAUUGGAGAAUUUUGGAUUUGAAUUAGUUAUUCAAUACAAUGAGAACAAACAGAAAGCUCAGAGAAAGCUGACAGGAUCUGUGUCUGGAUCAGUUGCAUCUGGUGGUAUCACUAGAGUUGUGGACCCAGUUGAAGGACUGGAGAAAUUGGAAUGUGAGGCCUGCGGAAAACUCUUUUCCAAUAUAUUAAUACUAAAAAGUCACCAGGAGCAUAUCCAUCAGGCCUUCUUCCCUUUUAGAUCACUAGAGAGGUUUGCUAAGGAGUACAGAGAACAAUAUGACAAGCUGUACCCACUAAGACCACAAACACCUGAGGCUGCUCCUCCCCCACCACCACCUCCUCCUCCCCCGCCACCACCACCUCCUCCGCAAAGGGCACCGACACCAAAUAUUCCUGUAUCAGCCCCCGCACUUACUCCACCAACUGCUUCAACCCCACAACCCCCAGGUCCGCUACCUCAGAUUCCAAUGCCAAUGGAUCUCCCUCUCUUCUCUCCACUCAUGAUGCAGCCAAUGUCCCUCCAGUCAUUGCCCUCUCAAAUUCCUGCACAGUUACAAGCUGUUGAGCCUGGUCUAGCGACUGAUCUUGCACAUCUGUACCAGCAGCAGCUUACCCCUGCUAUGCUGCAGCAGCAGCAGAAUAAGAGGCCCCGCACCCGUAUUACGGACGAUCAGCUAAGGGUUCUAAGACAGUACUUUGACAUAAACAAUUCACCAAAUGAAGAACAAAUAAAAGAAAUGGCAGACAAGUCGGGACUUCCACAGAAAGUCAUUAAGCACUGGUUUCGGAAUACUCUCUUCAAAGAGCGGCAGCGCAACAAAGACUCCCCCUACAAUUUCAACAAUCCCCCUAUCACUACUCUGGAAGAGGUCAAAAUUGACUCUAAACCACCUUCACCUGAACCCCAAAAACCAGAGUCCUAUGGCAGUAAGAGAUCCACAAGGACACGGUUCACAGACUACCAGCUUCGAGUAUUGCAGGAUUUCUUUGAUGCUAAUGCAUACCCUAAAGAUGAUGAAUUUGAGCAGCUGUCCAAUCUUUUGACCCUACCAACUAGGGUCAUUGUUGUUUGGUUCCAGAAUGCCAGACAAAAAGCACGUAAAAAUUAUGAGAACCAGGGUGAAGGAGCAAAAGAAGGUGAGCGGCGUGAGCUGUCUAAUGACCGAUACAUUCGCACAACUAACUUGAACUAUCAGUGCAAGAAGUGUAGUCUGGUCUUCCAGCGGAUAUUUGACCUUAUUAAACAUCAAAAGAAGCUUUGCUACAAAGAUGAGGAUGAGGAAGGGCAAUAUGAUAGUCAAAAUGAAGACUCUCUUGACCUCUCACAUGAAUACUUUUCAUGUUCUGGAUCAUCAGGUCACACACCGAUGUCAUCGUCCUCAAGCCUCUGCCCUCUUCCAACUUCAUCUACAUCAUUCUCUCAUAUGACAUCAUCUGAGAAGGCUGAAUCUACAUCAACAAAUACAUCAAACUCUUUUGAUGAGAAAACCAAAAUUUCUGCAGAACCAUCUCUGGGUCCAAGAGAGCAGACAUCUUUGAAACAGGAAAGCACUCAGCCAGCUGAGAUUCCACCACAGAAACCAUCACGAGAGGAAAAGGUUCAACUUACCCCAAAGAACAGAAAGCUUUCUUCACCUUCCCUCUCUCAACAGCAACAGCAUAGUACUGCUUCAGCCUCUGCGGCCCAUACAAGCCAAAACCCCUCCCAAAGUUCUCUGAUGGCCCUUAAUUCCCAUUUAGCCUCACAGCAGCAGCUGGCCCAGCAAAUGAUUCCCUACCAGUGUGAGCAGUGUAAACUCGCUUUUCCCUCAUUUGAGCACUGGCAAGAACACCAGCAGCUUCACUUCUUGAGCGUUCAAAACCAGUUUAUUCAUCCCCAGUUCUUGGACCGACCAAUGGACAUGCCUUUUAUGUUAUUUGACCCCAGCAACCCUUUGCUGGCUAGCCAGCUUCUAGCUGGAGCAUUGCCACAAAUACCAAGCAGCUCUGCCACCUCUCCGUCCACUCCUACAUCCACCAUGAACUCUCUAAAGAGAAAGCUAGAGGAAAAAGCAGGCACUAGUCCAGGGGAAAAUGAUAGCACCAACAGUGGGGAAGAACCACAAAGAGACAAACGUCUUCGAACCACUAUUACACCAGAGCAGCUUGAGAUCCUGUACCAGAAAUAUUUACUAGACUCUAACCCCACACGAAAGAUGCUCGAUCAUAUUGCUCAUGAAGUGGGGCUCAAGAAACGGGUGGUGCAAGUAUGGUUCCAAAAUACUAGGGCCAGGGAAAGAAAAGGACAGUUUCGAGCUGUUGGGCCAGCUCAAGCCCAUCGACGUUGCCCCUUUUGUCGUGCCCUCUUCAAAGCUAAAACUGCCCUGGAAGCCCACAUUCGUUCACGCCACUGGCAUGAGGCAAAGCGUGCUGGUUACAACAUAACACUUACCGGUUUGCUGUCUGAACAUGAUGGCAUGCACUUGAAGAUGGAUCCUCAGGAUAUUGCUAAUUUCUCUCAUAUAGGUUCUUCUAAUAAUGAUGGUCAGUGCUCAUCUCUGUCACCUGUGAGUAAAACCAUGGACUUGUCUCCCAGGGCACUUUUAAGUCCAACAUCAAUUAAGGUUGAGGGAAUGGAGGAGUUUGAAAGCCCAACCAUGUCAUCAGUAAACAUGAACUUUGAUCAGAGCAAGCUUGAUAAUGAUGAUUGUUCUUCUGUGAACACUGCAAUUACGGACACCACUACUGGUGAUGAGGCAAAUGCAGAGAAUGACAGUGCCGAUAUGAAGCAUAGCCACAACAGUGGGGAUUUCUUGUCUAAGACUGGGGGAUCAGUCCCGUCUCUUGAGAAUGAUGACCAGAUGUCUUCAGGACUAGUGAGCCCUGCAACAAGUUAUUAUGCAAAAGACUUUGAAAAUGAAAACAUGGUGGAUUACAGUGAAACAUCUAGUCUGGCUGAUCCCUGUUCACCAAGCCCUGGGGCAUCUGGGAGUAGAAGUAUUGACAGUGGAGAAAGGCCAGGGCAAAAGCGCUUCCGAACUCAGAUGACUAACCUCCAGCUGAAAGUCCUUAAGUCCUGUUUCAGUGAUUAUAGGACACCUACAAUGUUGGAGUGUGAGGUACUCGGCAAUGACAUUGGACUCCCAAAAAGAGUUGUACAGGUCUGGUUUCAGAAUGCCCGUGCUAAAGAAAAGAAAGCCAAACUCAGUAUGGCUAAGCACUUUGGAAUCAACCAGACUUCUUAUGAGGGACCUAAGACAGAGUGCACCUUGUGUGGUGUAAAAUACAGUGCACGUCUCUCAGUGCGGGACCACAUCUUCUCCCAGCAGCACAUCUCCAAGGUGAAGGAGACAAUUGGAAGCCAGCUUGACAAAGAGAAAGAGUACUUUGACCCAGCCACUGUUCGUCAGCUAAUGGCCCAGCAAGAGAUGGAUCGCAUCAAGAAAGCCAAUGAGGUUCUUGGUCUUGCACAACAACAAGCCAUGCAGCAACAAGGGAUGUUUGACAGUCCGGCCUUGCAAGCCCUAAAUCUGCAGUCGGCCUAUCCAAAUCUGCAAGGAAUACCCCCAGUUCUCCUGCCAGGGGUUGGAAGCCCUUCCCUUCCAGGUUUUAACUCAACCAACUCAGCUUUAACCCCUCCAAAACCUCCCAACGUUCUAAACAUGUCCGGUGCCAGUGUACCUUCACCCAGUCUCCCCACAUCUGGUUUACCCAAUAAGAUCCCCUCUUCUUCCUCCUUGGCCUCAUCCAGCUCAGCUCAGGCCAGCUCUUCUGUUGCCCACUCAACUACUACUACCACACUCACAUCAAACUCCCUGACCACCCAACUAGGUGCCCGGGCUGAUCAUCCCAAAGAGCGUGAAACAGAAAAAGCCAGGGAGAAAGAAAAGACCAAGGAAAAAGUCGAGAAGUCCUCCACACCAUCCUCAACUGCGGGCACACCUGCUCCCUCCACUUCUGCUGCCAGUGCCAAGAAAGAAAAACCAGAUACAGCUGUUCCAGCCACCUCAAUGCCUACACCUGGCAUGGAAUAUGUGGUUGAUCCUGCACAGCUACAAGCUCUGCAGGCUGCUUUAGCAUCAGAUCCAACAGCACUGCUUACCAGCCAGUUCCUGCCCUAUUUUAUGCCAGGUUUUUCUCCAUAUUAUGCCCCUCAGAUUCCUGGGGCUCUUCAAGGUGGAUACCUUCAGCCUAUGUAUGGUAUGGAAAGUCUUUUCCCCUACAACCCAGCUUUAUCACAAGCCCUAAUGGGGUUAUCACCAGGAUCACUGCUCCAGCAUUACCAGCAAUAUCAACAGAGCCUGCAGGAAGCACUUCAGCAGCAGCAGCGACAGCUUCAGCAAAUCCAGCAACCGAAAGCAAGCCAAACCCCAGCUUCUUCUCAGCCUUCGGUGGACCGCAAAGAUUCUGCCAAAGAUCAUGUAAAAACAGAGGAGAAAAAAGGCACUCUCCCAGUUGAUACCUCUUCACAUAAUAACUUACCCCCUGAGCAGCAUGAAGUGGAUGGCAAAGGUACAGACUCCCUUCUUGACCAAUACAUUGUCCCCAAAGUUCAGUAUCGGCUGGCGUGCCGCAAGUGUCAAACUGUAUUCAGCAAGGAGGAAGCAGCUAUCAGCCACCUGAAGUCGAUCUGCUUUUUUGGUCAGUCUGUGGCAAACAUGCAAGAGAUGUUGCUUCGAGUCCCCAGUAGUGGCAGUUCAGCUGAGGGUAGCCUCUAUGACUGCCUGGCUUGUAAUGUCACUCUGGAUGGGGACAAGGCACUUAGUCAACACCUGGAUUCAUCCUUGCACAAACACAGAACAAUCACGCGAUCAGCCGGAAAUGCCAAAGAGCACGCUACUAGUUUAUUACCUCACUCUUCAGCCUGCUUCCCCGAUCCUAACACCGCAUCUACCUCGCAGUCUGUCACCCACCCAAACAAAACCACAACAUCUCCCCCGCCAACGACGUCAAACACCACGCCAUGCUCAUCUGUGUCUGCAUCCUCUUGCUCCUCUGCCACACUUAACCCCACAGCUGCCAGCAAACCCUGGCCCCAGGCCCCUUUCUCUAAAGCUUUAGCUGGAAAGCCCAAUGCCACCCCUUCAACAUCAUCCUCUUUUCCUCCAGUAUCCUCACCUUCAACGGUUACCUCAAGUUCAUUGAGCACCUCAGGGGUUCAGACCUCGAUACCAACAGACGUCUUUACCGACGACUCUGACUCGGACAGCAGUCAGAAAUCAGCAGACAGGCUGGGCAGGUUGGCAGAGGAGCCACAGCAGCCCAGCUGUCUCAAAGACAGUGAUAGUUGUAGUAGUAAUAUGGCUAGUGUAGGAACAGACUCCAUCAGACUGUAAAAGAGCUUUCAACGAUGGACGAUAUUUUAAAAAAUAAAAAACAAAAAAAUAAAUAAAACACAAAAGCUAAAAAAAAAAAGCGGCGAUGUUUAAAAUAUGUUUAAAAGUAUACGAACCAAUUUCAGAAAAAAAAAGAUGUGUAAAGACUAACUGCAAUUCCAAAGCUUGUAACCAAAAAUUUAAAUGUUAGUGGAUUGUUUUCCCAUAUGAACAUGCUGGUUUUAAUUUGUUUCGACUUAAGUAUAUAGCUAUAUGUAUACACAUAUAUUAAAUUAAUAGAGAACACUGCAGUUAACGUGCAGAUAAUGUAGGGGAAUGCUGCAUUGCAAAGGACUGCCUCAAAACCACAAAAAUCAGAUGGGCCCCAGAUUCUGUCUAUACAAAGAACGAGAUAAUGAUGCACACCUUGUUUGCAUAGGUACAUCCACCUAAUAGCACAGUCACACAAAGCCAGUAUGUACUGUAUGGGAGAAUAGUCUUACAGUUUUCUUGCUAUCUAAGCAUUCAAAUACCAAUGGCUUGCUAAUGAAAAAAGAAUGAUGUAAUGUCUAUUUUAUUCUCAGGUCAACAGCUCACAACCUUUUUUAUGUUACAUUACUUUAUUCAUUUCUUUUCUGACAAAUGAGAAAACAUUUCUGUUUUUGUAUUACUUUUAAUAGAAAAAUUUUGGAAGUGAUAUGAACUAAGACAGAGCUUUCUGGGAAUCCAAAAGGGUCGCUAAACUGCUAAAAUUCUGUUAAACGGGAUAUAAACUUCUCCCCCAACACACACCCAAACAAGAAACGCAGUGAGGGAUUUUUUUUUGUUUUGUUUUUUUUAAGAAAAAAGUAAAAAACCUGUAUUUAUGAUUGAUAUAAACAUUUUUCGUGUUACGUAGAUUGUUGCAUUGGAAAUAAAUUUAAACAGUAUGGUAGAUUGAAUAAUCUUUGUGUACAUUUAGCUUUUGUAUUGUCCAACCUUAAAGCGCUUCAUUUGAUGUUGUCUUGGUCAUUCCAAUAGACUAGAUUGAGGAGCAGGAACUGAUCUGUACUUUAUUUCAGUAUAGUCAAAUCCGAAAUCUUGGAUUUUUUUUUCACCCAAACUGCCACCGACAGACUCGGCAGAAUCCCUUUGUUCUCAUGAGGGGCUUGUUUCCUUUGACGGUUGGUGCAGCGACCUGACCAAAAAAAAAGGAAGAGAUCUGUUUGAAAAUUAUUAUUCACUUAUAUUUGUGUUACCUAUUGUGCACUUACGACGUCUCGACUUACUUUAUCUCUGUCUUUUUGUGUAUGUGUGUGUCUAUGUUACUCUCCUUCCUUAUUUUUCUUUCUUUGCUUCCACUGCAUUUCGUAGGUUCGGAGAUCUUUCUCCUUUGGCACUACAAAGCAGACGUGUAUUUUAUGCAGUGUGGCUGCAGUCUGUUAUAGUCUUUAAUUUUUGUUGUUGUUGUUUGUUUCUUUUAUGAUUUCUUCUUCUUUUUUUAUUUUUUUGUUGUUGUUGUCAUACAAGAAAAAGAAUAAUAAUAAUUCUCACGCUUUAAAACGAAAAGAAAAUCCAAAGACUAAACACUUUCACCAUUGGUGCAUAAAGAUGAGAAAAGAGGCUUCUUUAUACUUGAGAAUUUGUUGCAGUUUUUAAGAAAAGAAAACAAAGUUUUAAAAUAAAAGGAGUACGCAUCAGAGUUGCCGUCUUUGCUUCUUUGCGAGCAGACAGGUGGCUUUUUUACGUAGACAAAUACCAAGAAUACCAAAAACCAAAACAGGACGUUCGUCCUUGCAUUGUGGAGUAGCACCAUUACAGAGCCAUUGCAGUUUGUAAGAUAGAAGUGGAGAAUCUCUUUGUUUAACUCUUCUUGUCACACAAGAUUUUUAGUUUUGUUUCACUUUUUUUUUUUUUUUGUUUUUUUAAGAAAAUGUAUAAGGUCUGGUCUCUGAGGACAUACGUUUUGCUGCUAAUGUAGAUUUUGAAAAAGAAAAAUACCUAGAUGCAUGCUCAUUUUACUUCUUGGCUAAGCUUUAAGAAAAAAAAAAGAAGAAAAAAACAACAAAAAACUAAAACAACCAAGUAAACCAUUUCCCUGCCUCUGCGACAUUUUUUCUUCUUGUUGCAAAAACGGAACUUUGAAGACUGUGAAUAUAUGUUCCAAAGGACAUUUUGGCUUUAUUGUUUUCUCUUUCUUUCCUUCUUUCUUUCUUUCUUUCUUUCUUUUUAACAGACCAACGUCAAAAAGCCAACGAUCUGUCAUGUUUGUAAAGAACAGUGCAUUCCAAAUAGCGCAUUUGAUUUCUUAAGAAAGGACAGCAAUCUUUUUAGUGAGUUUAAGUCUAUUUCCUCCCACGUUAAAUAUGACCGUAAUUCCGCCAUCACGUCUGGGUUAAAGAACAUCGCCGUUUCAGGAGUCGUGUAUACCGAGCUCAUGUCCCCGCAGCCGGUUAAGGCUGUUUGUGCACUUAAAGUAGAUCAUCAUGUAACAGUCGCUAACCAAAAAUGUACAUACUGUAACGCACCUGGUCCUAACAUAUCUCACAGGACUAGUGUCAUCACUCCACCUCUCCGUCUUUAAAGAGUCUGAGAAAGAAUGAUGGUGUUGAAUGGUGGCCUCCCCCAUAGAAAAUCGAGUAGGGACCUGCCCCAGGUUUCUGCAGGGUUUAUAGCUUUUUUUUUGUUUGUUUUUUGGUGUGUAUUUUUUACAGCUUUUCCAUGUGACAUCUUCAUUCCAAAGCAUUAUAUAAAACUGGGAAAAUAGCAGCAGUAUUUUUAUUUAUUAAUAUUUUGGAUGGUCAUUCUUACCUUUUUUGUCCAGAGAGGUCAAUGGAAAUGGUUCUGUUUAAUCCAAAUUUCCCUCUUUCUUUUUUUUUCCUUUCAUUUUCUCACCAAAAAAAAAAAGGAUUCAGUUGAACUGUACAGCAAGUGUUUUGGGCUACAUGGUACAUUGCUGUAAUCUAGGAAGCGUGUUAAAGAGUGUUACGUCUUGCAGAGCAAUGUGGUUUGGUGUUAAAAAAAAAUCUGCAUGCUAUUGAAAAAUUUGGUUGAAUUUUUUAUUUUAUUUUAUUUUUAUGUUUUUUUUUUUGGUAUGCAAAGCUUGCCACUUCUAUUCAAUCCUGUUACCUAAAAUAUUUUUUUUCCAUAAUUAUUUGUAAGAAUUCUGAUGUAUAGUUUAUUUUUUAAUGCCUUUUUUUUGCUUUGACUUUCAUUUCGAAUCGUGUCGGACUUUUAUUAUUUUCAUAUAUCUAUUUGUAUUUUAUUUUCUGUAUAUUAAUUUGUAUUGUUGAUGUUUUUUUGUUUUUGUAUGCAUAAAUUAAUGUUUUAACACCAGCUUUAAAUUUCAAUCACUUUUUUUUCUUAUUCUAAGACCUGGCCACUUUAAUGGUGUACCAAUGUUCCUAUAUUUGUCUUUUUCGACAAAGUUUGAUCUCUUGCUUCCAAAGUGUGCUCUUUAUUUAAUGGGCUCUUUAUUUUGUGAGGGAUGAAGUUCAAAUCCUCACAAUCAACUCUGCCAGCAUGGACUGUGUGUGUGUGUGUGUGUGUGUGUGUGUGUGUGUGUGUGUGUGUGUGUGUGUGUGUGUUUCUUUGUUUUCUUUGUUUUUUGUCUUUUUAAGAGCCAACAUCAGUUUAUUUAGUUUUGUGUUGUUGUUGUUGUUGUUGUCGUUGUUUUUCCUCCACUUUCAUUUCACACCAAAACAUUAUAAACUGCAAAGCUGUUCCUUCAGUACAAUAAUUUUUUUUUUUUUUUUUUUUGGAAAGUCCUAAUAAUUCGGUAAUGAGAAAUUGAUACUGAAGCACUGAGCAGUUUUUUUAUUCACUUCAUUAAAUAUAUGUAUGUGGCCAAAGCAUAAUGCAGAUGAAAGGUUGGUGCCCCUGAUGAGUGUAUAUUUAUUGUGGCACAACACAACAUAUGACUGAGACACAUCGACUCUCAUCGGGAUACUUGAUUUUUUUUUUUUUGUGGACAUUUUGCAAAGAGAGACAGAAGGCGGCAGGUUUUGCUGUAGAGGUCAUCCUUUUUGCCCACUGUGAAGAAACAUGUAUACAGAUAUAGAUAUAUUUAAAGAAGACAUCAACUUUUUUUAAAUGACAAAGAAGGAAAAACAAAGAGAACAGAACUCUGGGAAGCUUUGGAAAAUGUCGUUAAAAUGUCCUGGAAGGCAUGAAACUGGGGAUGGGAGCCAAAGGCAGGAAAAAUAAUCAGAGACACCUCUUGAUAUCAAGUCAUUAUUUAAUUACUGACAAUACGCCUACGGAAACAGACUCAGCAACCGGUGGACGUACAGUACGUGAAAACAGAGAGGAAUAAACCUGGUGACUUCCGGACGCGGCCGGAUCGGCCGCUACUUCGGAAUCGUGGAUAAAAUCCACAGGAUGGACAGAACCACGCGUCUCUUUUUUCGCCCGGUCCAUGGUGUUGCUACCUGUUUCAUUUCUUCGUCUCGCCGACGGACAGCACUGACCUGGAGUCAGCCGGGAAAUAAAUCUCAUCAAACCAUUGAAAAAUAAAGGACUCGCUGUUCGAGGAGUGUGUGGGGAUUUCUUGGCUGUCAUUCCUGAGGAAGCAGUUAAACACGAAAAAGCAAACGAAACCAAAAUUAACAAGCAACCAAACAAAAAAAAACAAAAACAAACAAAAAAAAAAAACACGAGCUCCGAUUUCAAAGACUACACGGAGCUCUCCGUUCCUUUCGUGACUCCUGGUGCCACAAUUUUUUUUAAUGCUUUUUUUUUGUUUUGUUUUGUUUGAUUUCAAUUUUUUUAUUUUCUUGAAUUGUUCCUCCUUUGAGCCUCACAAGAACGGCUCAGUGGCUCCAGGUAGCCCACCCGAGGGUAGAAAAAACAGCCUUGCAAUGUACAAAAAAAGAGCAAGUUAAACCAAAAAUGUUGUUCUUGAUGUCUUUUCUAUACUGUAGUCUUGUUAGCUUUUUUGUUACUGUAAUUAUAUGAUGAAGAUUUCCAAACUGUACCAAAUUACAUGGAGACUAACAUACAUAAAUCACAUGGAACUUCAGACUUUUAAAGAAAAACUUUUGUCACAAAAAACCUUGUUGUCCUAGUUAAGUUGAUUGUAGAUGGUAAUUGAAUAUACUCCUUUGAAAAUAUUUCAUCAAGUAUGUUUCUUGCUCAUUGUGAUACAUUAAAAAGUAUGAGCAUAAAAAGCAA